UGCUCAAUGUGAAGAGGUCCUUGAAUAAUCUUCACUUGUAUCCCUAAAGGAACAAAAGCUCCAACAAGCACGUAAACGACGUUGAUACACCCAAGCUAAUGGGUUUGAGACGAGGCUGCAAAGCCCCAAGAAAAGCUAGAACUAGCUAAAUAGUCCAGCAAACAAACAGCUCUAUUUCCAACAUUGUCUGAAAAGACUAUGUGAAUCUCAUAUACAUCAGAGAAAAUACUCAGUGAUAAGUAGGAUAAGCCGGCUGAACCUAACAUCAUAUCCCAUUCCAUUAUAGAAUUUGACAUUACAAAGCUUGAUAUGGACACAGACAGAAGGAAUUGUGGUACGAGACCACAAGAAAGUACCUUCGGGUUAUGGGAAGGAGGAUACACAAGAGAGGGAUGUCGGCUAAGUGAACCGGUUGCAAGGCUCAAGCCCAUAAGGCCCACUAAGAUUGGGAUUUUCUUUUGGCACAUCAACGCACCCAAGACGCCGUCGGAGCACGAGGCAUCAUCGGUGGGAGCUGUCGUCGUGAUUCAGGUGAGUCUUGUCGAGAAUGAGCUGAGUACAGAGUACUUGUUGUUGUGGGGGUUGAGGCGGUGUUAAAGAGGGAGAUCCGGGCUCGAGGAUAAGAGCAUGAGAGAAGCGCAAGAGCAAAGCGCAUGGCGUGGUGGUGGUGUUCUUAACUCUAUUACCAUCGGUUCAUCACAUCCACUUUUCGUAAUGUCUCUUAAAACAAUUCGAAUGUGAGUUCUCACUUGAUAGCUAAAAGUACAUUAAAAAUAUAAAAACAGAGAGACAUAGAUACAAAUUAUCAUAUGAAUAACUUUAGUCAUCCAUGUCAUCUUUUAGAUAUUUUAAAAUAUAAUUAAUAAAAUAAUAAAACAUAUUAAAUAACAAUAUUUUGUGGCUUGGAAACUCAAUUUGAGAAUCUCUCUACUGAGGUUGCUCUGUUAUCCAGCCAGUAGAUCCAAAUAUCUGCGGACUAAUAACAAUGUUUAUAUGUUUAUUACCUCUAUGCAUUUCAUUUCGUCUAUGCGUUUACUUGGACUACUUAAUAGCAGGUCACAUCUUACUACAAUAUUAGAUUUUACAGAUGUUUCUUUUUUGUGCAACUGAUUUUACAGUAUGCUAUUAUGCAUUAAUUAUUUAAUUUUAUAUAUUGUAGAAAGUUAAAAGAUGUACUAGUUGACCAGAAAUGGAGAAUGCAGUUCAAUUAUGAAUUAACGAUUUAUUUAUUUAAUCAGUUCAUUCUUGGUGGUUUCUGUAUAUGAAUGCUGGAUUAUAUAAGAUAUAAACUUCGUUGUAAUUUCACUGAUUCUUCUAAAAAAAUAUACUAAAUGACUUAUUGUGCAAUGAUCAACGUCUAACGUACUCCAAAGGUCACACCACGGCUAACAACCAGAGCAACAAUGAAAUCUGUUAAUUCGAAUACCGUUUUAAUCGGUUCAUGCUUGGUACUUUCUUAUAGUGUUGGAUUAUAUUAGUGUAAACUUCGUAGUUAUUUCAAUUAGUCAUGCAAAAACAAUAACUUAUUGUGUAAUGAUGCUCUUCCAUGCAAUUUCCUGUUGUGGAAUAAACUUUAUUACAUCAAAAACAAAAACAAAAGAUCGUUGCAUGUAUAAAUACAUCCAAUUGCUACUGCCAAAAACCACAAAGAAAAAGAGCAAUGGAGUUUGCUAAAGCAAAAAUCAAUGGCCACCAAAAUGUCAUUGUGAUGCGUCACGGUGAUCGAGCCGAUCGUUGCGAGCCACUUUGGGUUUCAACCGCUGUGAGACCGUGGGAUCCUCCGCUCGUUCACGACGGUAAGGUUCGAGCCUUUCAAACCGGUCAAAGAAUCCGAUCCCAGGUUGGCUUUCCGAUUCACCGUGUCAUUGUUUCUCCUUUCCUCCGCUGCAUCCAGACCGCUGCUGAAGUCGUCGCUGCUCUCUCAGCCGUCUAUCUCGAUGACAACGCUAUGUCUUCUAAAGAUGUGCCUUCCAUCGAUAACUCUAAGCUCAAGGUAGCUAUUGAAUUUGGAUUGUGCGAGAUACUGAACACAGUGGCUAUUAAGAGUGACGUUGCUCCCAAAGAUGGGAAGUUUGAUUUCAAGAUUUCAGAUCUACAAGCUAUGUUUCCUGAGGAAACAGUUGACAUUAAUGUGGAUAUGGCUUGUAAAGAGUUGCCACAAUGGGAAGAAUCUGCGGCAGGCUUUAAAGAACGAUAUGUUAGUACACUGAAGGUUCUUGCAGACAAGUAUCCAUCUGAAAAUUUGUUAUUAGUCACUCAUUGGGGAGGAGUAGGUACUAUACUUUACAAAUACUUCAAUGACGCAACUAAGUACUUAGUAGAUUACUGUGGUUGUGUUGAACUGAGAAGGCAGGUUUCGAAUAAUGAUGAAUCUGAGGAAUUUGAGGUGGUUACUAGUCAUGGUGUAGCUUUCAAGGACAACAAAGCCCCAAUUCAUGGUUCUGUUAUAACCUAAUCUCUUAUAUACCCGGUUUUGUAUAUGAAUAUUUGGUUUCAUAGGUUUGAUUCAAUAAAAUAACAUUACACAAACACGUAAAAAUGUAAACACAUGAAAGGGUUGUAUUUGUAAUGUAAGCACGAGCAUUGUCAUUAGACAAGAAACUUGUGAUUUAGUGGUAUACAUAUAUCUGAUAUCUCAGUCUUUUAAAAAAA